GAGCUCGUGCCCGCGGAGGUGGACGCAGCGGGCGAGAGAAAGAAAGUUGAGGCAGUCGUCCACGAGCCGAAGAUCGAGACCCAAGCUUUCGCGGACAUGGUCGACGCGGACGCGCACGUGGAGCUCGUCGGGGCCGAGCCCGCCUGCGCGCCGCCCGCGCGGGAAUGGGCCGAGUCCUGGCUCAACUCGGCCGACCCGCGCGCGGGCGGGGGCGACCCACGCCUGGGCGAGGAGACCGAGGGCGAGUUGAGCCAGCGCCCCUGGGCGAAGAGGCGGCUCCCAGCGCUGGAAGCACUCCUCGUCGGGGGCCCGUCCCUGCUGCUGGCCGACCUCGGCCAUGGAGGCAGAAUGAUCGGCCUCGACAGCAGAGGCGUGACCUUGGCGGCCGAGGCCGUGAUCGCGAAAACACAGAGGCCGAAGGGCAAGAAGACUCGCAAUGAGAAGUCCGGGCGGUCCUCCGUACAGGGCAGCUUCAAGGGCAGUGGCGUGGCGGCCGACCGCAAGGCCGAGGACAUAGAGGAGAUGAUGGAGGACAAGACCCAUGAGGCCCAGGACGAGUGCGAGGCGCAGCGGAUCUUCGUGGUGUUCGGGGUGAGGCUCCCCAUGCAGGAGUCGCUGCGGGAGGAGGGCUGA